AUGGAUGAUAAGCUAGCAACAUCCCCAAAAGAACAGCAUGGUGGUUGGAGAACUUUCCCCUUCUUCAUUGGUAUGGUGGCGGGGUUAUCGCUUGCAAGUGCAGGAAUUGUUGGAAAUUUAAUUGUUUAUCUUAUACAAGAAUUCAAUAUAAAGAGCAUCGAUGCUGCUCAGAUUGUAAACGUGGUUGCCGGAAGCUCGAGUCUAGUUCCAAUAGUUGCUGCAAUUGUUGCUGAUUCUUUCUUUGGCUCUUUCUCUGUUGCCUUUGCUUCUUCUUGUGUUUCUUUGCUGGGAACAGUUAUUUUAUUUUUGACAGCAACAAUCAGUUCAGUAAAGCCUCAUCCAUGCAGCAACGGUUCAUCUUCCACAUGCAAACAACCAACAACAAUCCAAUACACUGUUCUAUACAUAAGCAUAGUCCUAAUAUCAAUUGGUUUCGGAGGUUCGCGUUUCACGUCAGCAUCGCUAGGUGCAAACCAGUUUGAUAAACCGGAACAUCAAGGAAUAUUUUUCAACUGGUUUUUUUUCGCGUUCUAUGUCGCCUCUGGAGCUGCAUUAACCGGUGUUAUAUAUAUUGAGGAUAAUUUUGGUUGGGCUUUAGGAUUUGGUGUUUGUGCUGUUGCUACUUUUCUUAGUGUGGUUGUUUUUUUGUCGGGUUAUGGAUUUUAUCGAAAUGAUAAGCCUAAUGGAAGUGCUGUUUUGGAUCUGGGACGCGUUUUUGUUGCUAGUUUAAGGAAGGGGAAGGGGAAGCAGUCAUCCAGAAUGGAAGAUUACUAUACUGGUGCUACUGGUUAUGACGAUAUUAUUCAAAUUCUGCCUCCAACAACACCAGGAAAAAGAUUAAGGUUCUUCAACCGCGCAGCUCUGAUAACCGAUGCAGACCUACACUCAGACGGCACAAUUAAGAAAUCAUCAUGGAGGCUAUGCACACUUCAACAAGUCGAAGAUUUCAAAAAAAUAAUCGGAAUCUUACCGCUAUGGACUUCAAGUAUAUUCCUCGCGACUCCAAUAGCAAUCCAAAGUAGCUUGACAGUACUUCAAGCUUUAGUCACGGAUCGUUCUUUAGGAUCACAUUUCAAAAUCCCGGCUGGUUCUGUUUCUGUUAUAAUCUUAAUAUCAACAGCCAUCUUCCUCACUUUUCUCGACAGGUUAAUAUUGCCAGGUUGGCAUAAGGUUACUGGAAAAUCGCCUACGCCUCUCCAACGAAUAGGAGUCGGGCACGUGUUGAAUGUUCUUAGCAUGGUUGCUUCUGCUCUUGUUGAAUCAAAGAGACUCAAAUUAGGACAUGAGCAUGUUUCCAUGUCUGUGUUAUGGUUGUUUCCGCAGUUAGUGCUUGUUGGUGUUGGAGAAGCUUUUCAUUUUCCUGGACAAGUUACAUUCUAUUACCAACAAUUUCCACAAUCACUUAGAACCACAUCAACUGCAAUGAUUUCAAUGCUUAUAGGGAUUGCUUUUUACCUGAGCACUGCUUUAAUCGACCAAGUUCGUAGGAGUACUGAAUGGUUACCUGAUGAUAUAAAUCAUGGGAAAGUAGACAAUGUGUACUGGAUGUUAGUUCUGUUUGGAGGUAUAAACUUUGUGUAUUACUUACUGUGCUCUAUUACUUACAAGUAUGAAAAUGUUUAG